AUGUCUGCCUCGUCGAUACACGCAGAUGCCCCGCCGGCCGUGGUCCAGGAUCCAGAGGGACUCCAAUAUGAAACGGGAGCACAGCUCGGCAAAGGCGGCUUCGCUAUCUGCCAUCGCGCGAAGCUGCUGGGCCAUGAGCAUCUCGGCAGCUCUACAGUCGCUCUGAAGAUUGUCAAAUCCAAAAUGGAGCCUCCCAAGCUGGCGCAAAAGUUUGUUACUGAAUUACAGAUCCACUCGAAGCUAUCCCAUCCCAACAUCGUCGAGUUCUUCCGCGCCUUUUCUUUCGAAUCAAGCACCUAUGUUGUCUUGGAGCUAUGCGAAAACGGUUCCCUUGCCGAUGCGAUCAAGAAGCGCAAAUAUUUCACCAUGCCUGAGAUUAGGCGAUUCAUGAUCCAGACAUGCGGCGCAAUCAAAUACCUACACCAACGGAACAUCGUACACCGCGAUCUCAAGACAGGCAACCUCUUCCUCGACCGCGACAUGAACGUCAAAGUCGGCGACUUUGGUCUUGCAGCACUAUUGGUGUCACAGAGCGACUAUGGGGCGAUCCGUCGGACAACCAUGUGCGGCACACCCAACUACCUUGCCCCAGAGGUCUUGGAGAAGACAGGAAAGGGUCAUGACGAGAAGGUUGACCUAUGGGCUAUUGGAAUCAUGAUGUACACACUGGCGGUCGGAAGAGCGCCAUUCCAUGCCGCCAAGCGCGAGGACAUUUACCGGAAGUUGAAGGCUCGCGAAUACACUUGGCCAGACCUGGCCAGGUUUGCCAAUGAAAUCACCGACGACCUCCGCGACAUCGUUUCGUUAUUGUUGGUGCACGAAGACGAGCGACCGACUCCCGACCAGAUCGUAGCGCACCCAUUCUUCAAACUGGGCUACAUUCCGUUGGAACUAGACAGUGGAUGCACCUCCCGCGUACCGAAGUGGCCGAAGAACCGUCCACCGACAGCAUCGACAAUCAGACGUGGAUAUACCGAGGAAUGGUGGCAGCUUUGCAAGUCCUCGUCCGUCGGCGAGUACGAACAAGGAAAAGCAUUUGGAACCUACGGUCGCAGGACGAACAAGACUGUCGCGAGGGACUGCCAAAAGGAGAUCGAAGCUGGCAAACAGCCAAACAUACCCUUCUCCAAAGACGUCGUAUAUGUACCUUUCCCCGCCCGCGUGCAAUGGCCGCAUCUGCCAACAGGAGGACUCAGUGAAAUAUCGGAAGAGAAAGAAUCGUCACUAGAAAGUCAAGCUCUCUCAGAAACUACCGGAAACGAGCGGACAAAGAGUCGUGUGGCUAGGGCUCCGAGACGAGAGCAACAGGCGAUGCAGACAUUAAAAGAAAACGUGGAGCCGGUACAGGAGCCUGAGCCUGCGCACAGAAUACUGGACAAACAGCCGACCCGAUUAAGGGCAGCGCGCAAGAUCUCGAACCCUGGCCGUGUCACUGCGAAUACGGCUUCCGCGCCAGCUCCCCUACGCGUCCCUCGAGAGGCAAGAACUUCCACGCGAGCACGGACAGCGAAGGAGAGCGCAAAAGAGGCACCAAAGACGACAUCAAACGGACUGCCUGAUCUCCCACCUUUACGAGUCACCAAGACGAGCGUUGAAGAGAGCGACAAGCCGGAAUCAGCGGCUCAAGCAACGUCGACUAAAAGUGCCGCUCGUUAUCGAACCGUCAGCAAUGACAUGCCUGCCACCGAUCCGGUGACUGUUUUGGCGCGCUUGAUGACGUUCCGAGACAAUCUUGAACGAGCUCUCGAUAAGAAGCCUACGAAGUCGAGAAGAGACCAACCACCGCAGUUGCCAUUUGUUGCAAAAUGGGUAGACUACAGCCGCAGGUAUGGGGUUGGAUACGUCCUCAAUGAUGGUAGUAUUGGAACUCUCCUCUCAGCAGAGGAGCAGUACCCCGUUACCAUCGCUUUUGCGACAGACGGAUACAACCAUCUACGGAAGGCCGGCGGCAACCGAGAGCUCGCCAAAAGCGUUGCACUGAAUUACUACACGACCGUCAAGAAGGAUCGAGGACUGUCGCAGAUUGAGGUACUAGAAUCGCGACGAGUUGAGGAGAUUCGGACUGUUUGGCACAAGUUUGGAAAGUACAUGUGUGCGACGUUUGGUGACGAAGAAAAGCCGCUCAGGAAAGAUCCCCGCGUAAACUUUGUUCGAUUUUAUCAACGCCUGGGUAACGUCGGGAUCUGGGGUUUCGACGAUGGCUCCUUCCAAUUCAACUUUCCUGAUCAUACGAAGCUCGUUCUAUCGUCGGACGCAGGCUAUGGACAUUUCCUUUGCCUACCACUUGAUGCAACGUCUCUCCUCGAAGAGACGGGAAAUGUGCCAUGGAAGCACGUUAAAGCUCGAGCACAUCUGCGAGGCUCAUUGCAACAGCUUCUAUACGGCUCAGCCGACAAGGAGGACAGUUACAAAGAGCUUACAGAGGGCAAUCUCCUCCGCGCAAAGAUCGAAUUCAUCUACGCUGUGGUCUCGGAGUGGUGUCAAGAGGGAGGAUUAGGCUGCCUCGUGGAUCCCAAAGUGUACUCUUGGGGGGGUCCCCAGCUGGAAGAGUCAAAGCGUUUGGACUGGGCGAGUGGGAAAACCAACCGCGCCGCGCGCAAAGCCGGAGGAGGCGCCCAGCCAAAGGCCCAGUUCGCAACCAAGGCCGUCUUCGAGACCACCAAGAAGAAGGAAGUCGGUGUGUCGGAUCUCACCUUGAUUAGCAAGGUCUCCAAUGAGGCCAUCAAUGAGAACCUGAAGAAGCGCUUCGAAAAUGGCGAGAUAUACACAUACAUUGGACAUGUGUUGGUCUCGGUCAACCCGUUCCGCGACUUGGGCAUAUACACCGACCAAGUGCUGGAGAGCUACAAGGGCAAGAACAGGCUGGAGGUGCCCCCUCACGUCUUCGCAAUCGCCGAGUCCGCCUACUACAAUAUGAACGCAUACAAGGAGAAUCAAUGUGUCAUCAUUUCUGGCGAAUCAGGAGCAGGAAAGACAGAAGCAGCGAAGCGACUUAUGCAGUACAUCGCCAACGUCUCAGGAGGCAGCAACUCGUCUAUCCAGGAGAUCAAGGACAUGGUGCUGGCCACCAACCCUUUACUCGAAUCCUUCGGAAACGCAAAGACGCUGAGAAACAACAACUCGUCGCGGUUCGGAAAGUACCUCGAGAUCCACUUCAAUGCGCAAGGAGAGCCAGUGGGAGCAAACAUCAACAACUACCUACUUGAGAAGACGCGGGUGACUGGUCAGAUCACAAACGAGCGCAACUUCCAUAUCUUCUACCAGUUCACAAAAGCCGCAUCCUCGCAAUACAGAGAAAUCUUCGGCCUACAACAACCGCAAGCCUACCUAUACACGAGUAAAUCUAAAUGCUUCGACGUCCCAGGAAUCGACGAUCAUGCCGAGUUCGACGACACGCUGAAUGCCAUGAAGGUCAUUGGACUACCACAAGCUGAGCAGGACAACAUCUUCCGAAUGCUUGCAGCAAUUCUGUGGCUAGGAAACGUAACGUUCCGUGAGGAUGAUUCUGGCAACGCAGCCAUUGUGGACCAGUCAGUCGUGGAUUUUGUGGCUUAUCUCCUCGAAGUAGACUCGGCGCAUGUCAACAAAGCCCUUACCAUUCGUGUUAUGGAGACGAGUCGAGGAGGACGACGAGGUUCCGUAUAUGACGUACCUCUGAACUGCGCGCAAGCGGGCGCAGUCCGAGACGCGCUAUCAAAGGGAAUCUACUUCAACCUUUUCGACUGGAUCGUGGAACGCGUCAAUGUUUCCUUGAAGGCCCGAGGCGCGACCGCCCAGUCCAUUGGUAUUUUGGACAUUUACGGUUUCGAGAUCUUCGAAAAGAACAGCUUCGAGCAAUUGUGCAUCAACUACGUCAACGAGAAACUACAACAGAUCUUCAUCCAAUUGACGCUCAAGGCGGAGCAAGAAGAGUACGAGCGCGAGCAGAUCAAGUGGACGCCCAUCAAGUAUUUCGACAACAAGAUUGUGUGCGAUUUGAUCGAGGAGAAGCGGCCACCGGGUGUCUUUGCUGCCCUGAACGACGCCUGUGCAACAGCCCAUGCCGACCCAACCGCCGCGGAUCAAACUUUCGUCCAGAGACUAAACGCUCUAUCGUCGAACCCCAACUUCACGCCUCGUCAGGGUCAGUUCGUCAUCAAGCACUAUGCUGGUGAAGUCUCGUACGCGAUUGAUGGCAUGACCGACAAGAACAAAGACCAGUUACUAAAGGACCUGCUAAACCUGCUCGGACAAAGUAGCAACACUUUUGUACAUACGCUCUUCCCGAAUCAGGUAGACCAGGACAACAGGCGGCGACCCCCAACGGCUGGAGAUAAGAUCAAGGCCUCUGCGAACGACCUGGUAACGACUCUGAUGCAAGCUCGUCCGUCCUACAUCCGUACUAUCAAGCCCAACGAAAACAAGUCGCCCAAGGAAUUCACCGAUGCCAACGUACUUCAUCAGGUCAAAUACUUGGGUCUUCAAGAGAACGUGCGCAUUCGAAGAGCCGGAUUCGCAUCACGUCAAACCUUCGAUAAGUUUGUGGAACGAUUCUUCUUGUUGUCACCCAAGUGUUCGUAUGCCGGAGAAUACACUUGGACUGGGGAUUACGAGACCGGAGCGAAACAGAUCUUGAAAGAUACCAAUAUUCCAGCGGAGGAAUUCCAGAUCGGUACAACAAAGGUGUUCAUCAAGACUCCUGAGACGCUGUUCGCCUUGGAGACAAUGCGCGACAAAUACUGGCAUAAUAUGGCUAUUCGCAUUCAACGUGCAUGGAGAAACUACCUGCGAUACCGAACAGAGUGUGCAGUACGGAUCCAGCGGUUCUGGCGAAAGCUCAACGGAGGCAAAGAAUUCAUCGAAUGGCGAGACCAAGGGCACAAGAUCCUCCAAGGCCGUAAAGAGCGCAGGAGGUAUAGUUUGAUUGGUUCCCGAAGAUUUAUGGGCGACUAUCUCGGUAUUGGCAACAAAGGUGGCCCUGGUGAGGUCAUUGCUGGUGCCAUUGGUAUAUCCUCGAAUGAGGAAGUACCAUUCUCAUGUAGAGCGGAGGUGCUUGUCUCCAAACUUGGUCGAUCGAGUAAACCAGAAGCUCGCUCGCUGAUCCUCACGAAGAAGAACGUCUACCUCGUCAAGCAGGUCAUGGUGAAUCGCCAAGUUCAGAUCCAGGCCGAGAGGACAAUACCUGUGGGCGCGAUUAAGAUGAUUAGUUGUUCUACACUCAAAGACGACUGGUUCUCGAUCGGUGCUGGGUCACCCACCGAGCCUGAUCCACUCGUGAACUGCGUUUUUAAGACCGAGUUCUUCACUCAGCUGACGAACGUAUUGCGGGGUUCACUGACACUUCAGAUAGGCGAGACGAUUCAGUACAAUAAGAAGCCUGGCAAGCCGGCCCAAGUCAAGGUCGUCAAAGAUCCCGCAGUGCCGAGAGACGACCUGUACAAAAGUGGCACCAUCCACACUGGACCAGGAGAGCCACCCAACUCUGUCUCUAAACCCACACCAAAAGGCAAGCAGAUCGCUGCAAAGCCCAUCACAAAGGGUAAGCUGUUGCGGCCCGGUGGCCCUGGUGGAGGUCCCUCAAAGCUUGCCUCUCGUCCAGCACAACCGAGAGCUGUGCCCACGCCUGCCGCUGCGCAACCGAGAGCUGUACCUCAGCCAGAAGUGUCGCAAGCCAGACCCGUUCCCGCACCGGUCGCUGCCUUGUCAAAUGGCAUGGGCGCUCACGCGCGUACCGCGUCAGCCGGUUCAUCGCGCACGCCCCCUCCGCCUCCUCCGCCGCCGCCGGCGCCAGCUCAACCAAAAGAGCCUCGGUACAAGGCGCUGUAUGACUUUGCAGGUCAGAGUGCUGGAGAGCUGAGUCUCGGGAAAGACGAGAUCAUCCUGGUCACACAGAAGGAGGGCAAUGGUUGGUGGCUAGCAUCCCGUCUUGACAAGUCCGCUUCCGGUUGGGCACCUUCUGCGUACCUUGAGGAAGUUGUCCAACGUGCUGCCGCUCCGCCUCCACCUCCAGCGCCACCUGCCCGCCCAGCGAACGGCAAGCCCAAGCCUCCGGCUCCGCCUGCCAAACGUCCUGCUGCUAGAAAGGCUAUCAACGGUGACUCUGGGCGGGAUAGUGGGUACAGUGGUAGUGGAGGUAGCACCAUGGAGAGCGCGAGAGAUAGCAGUGGUAGCAUCGCUGGUGGACUAGCAGAGGCACUUAGACAGCGACAAGCCGCUAUGCAUGGAAGGAAACAGGAGGAUUGGUAG